GACUCAAAGUUAGUAGAUGCAUACAAAGCAGUUGUUUUUGAACAGUUUAUUUGGUUCAAAUUAUAAUCUUGUGUUACUUUAUCUGGUUAAACUACGCCUAGUUUAAUUUCAACUUCAGAUAAACAAUAGUACAAAUAUGUCUUGUAUUUUUAUUUGCUAAAUCUGGCAACGCUAUGCUAAGAAAAAAUGAAAGGGGUCCAUAUUACCUAAAAGUGAGAUCUACUGGCACCCAUGAUUUAAAUAGUACAUUAGCCCUCUUAGGUAUGUUUUAAAAACUGGGCAUGAUGAAAUAAAGAGAGAACGGUUCUAGUGUCAGACAGCUGCAGAGUGCAGCCAACUUUGUAACUUGCUGUGGCCUAUCCACUCCUAUCCAGUUUCCCUACCUGUGGAGUCGGAACAAAACACCCGUUUCACCAAGAGGAUGUAUGGCCAAAAUGAACUACUAAGCCUUUAUAUAACACUGGUUUUCUCUCAGCUUCCUCGGUUCACUGAUUCCGAGGCUUUGGGCCUAUUUCUCACCAGUAGAAUGAAGGGGCUGCAAUCAAGCAGUGGGGCAAGAUAAAAGAUUGCUAUGGAAUCUGGGAGGAACAAUCAAGGAAUGUUUUAUGGAGCGGUAACUUCAACGAGAAAACGGCAGAAGGAAACAAAAUUAGACUACCAGUUAAGCACGGCUAAUGUAAAAUAUCAGAAGAUUGCAGCAGCGGCAAUGUUUCACUUCUUCAGAAAGCCUCCGGAAUCGAAAAAGCCCUCGGUACCAGAGACAGAAGCAGAUGGAUUUGUCCUUUUAGGAGAUACAGAAAAUGAACAAAGAAUGGCAGCAAGAGGUAAAACUUCAGAAGCAGAAGGCAGCCAGCCUUUGGAGACUGGCACAGAAAACUCAUCCAGUGUGACUGUAGCAAGCCCUGAGGCGGAAAAUAAGGCAGGCCAGACUCUGGAAAACAGCUCGUUAAUGGCCGAGCUUCUGAGCGACGUACCCUUCACCUUGGCCCCGCACGUGCUGGCCGUGCAGGGCACCAUCAGUGACCUUCCAGACCACUUACUCACCUAUGAUGUCAGCGAAAACUUAUCACGGUUUUGGUAUGAUUUUACUCUUGAAAAUUCAGUGCUGUGUGAUUCAUAAUGUUUGUUUGUACCUUAACAGCUUUAAAACACAAGUUUGCCUGUUUUAUUUAACUUGUUUGAUAUUCUUUGCCAUUUCCCUGUUUAAAGGCCUUCAGAAAAGCAAGGAUCAUAAAGCAGAGAAAAUAUUAUUCUCAUUGCUCUAUUUCUUAGAAUAAAGUAUAUUUGUAUAAAAAUUGAA